AUGCCCACCUACCCAGACCCAUCUGUCCAGAACCAUCUGCACAGACCCAUCUACCCAGACCCAUCUUCACAGACCCACCUACCCAGACCCACCUACCCAGACCCAUCUGCCCAGAACCACCUACCCAGACCCACCUACCCAGACCCAUCUGCCCAGACCCACCUACCCAGUCCAAUCUGCCCAGACCCAUCUGCCCAGACCCACCUACCCAGACCCACCUACCCAGACCCAUCUGCCCAGACCCACCUACCCAGACCCACCUACCCAGACCCAACUACCCAGACCCACCUACCCAGACCCAACUACCCAGACCCAUCUACCCAGACCCACCUACCCAGACCCAUCUGCCCAGACCCAUCUGCCCAGACCCAUCUGCCCAGACCCAUCUGCCCAGACCCACCUACCCAGACCCAUCUGCCCAGACCCAUCUACCCAGACCCACCUACCCAGUCCAAUCUGCCCAGACCCACCUACCCAGACCCACCUAUCCAGACCCAUGUCUGUAGCCAUGAAGUGCUUUGA